AUGGAGAGAGACACUCGUGUUGAGUCUAAGAUUGAUGUGCUCAUCAUCGGAGCGGGCCCAUCGGGCCUUAUGGCCGCAUACUGGAUGGCUCGCUGUGGUAUCAACGCACGUAUAAUCGACAAACGUAGCACGAAAGUCUUCGUAGGUCAUGCAGAUGGCCUUCGCCCUCGCACCCUGGAGCUGUUCGAUAGCAUGGGAUUUCAGCAUCGUGUUUUACACGAGGCAUCUUCAUCCACAGAAAUCAACAUUUGGGGCCCAGGAGGCGAAGGAAAUCUCAUCCGACAAUCGCUUAUGGAUAUGACCAAGCCGGAUGAUUCACCCUAUCAUAAUGCUCGUCUAAGCCAAGGCCGCAUUGAGAGAUUUAUCCUUGACAGUAUUCAUGAGCACUCGGACUUGAGAGUGGAACGGGGGAUUAUCACCGAGUCGUUAGAGUAUGAUGAGAAAUUAGCAGAUGAUGCUGAUGCAUAUCCAAUCACCGUGAAGCUCCGAACUCUCAGUCCAGAAGAAUUGAAUACACCAAAGUCUGGCCAUGAAGAAAUCCAGAACGAGUUGAAAUGCGAAAACCUCCUUCGUGAUGACUGGGAAGAUCUAGCCCAGCGUGGGAAGCAGAAGGAAAAAUCCGAGACUGUCAAAGCCAAGUACCUGAUCGGGUGCGAUGGUGCCCACAGCUGGACUAGAAAACAGUUGGAUAUCCCUGUCGAAGGCUCCAAUACCGAUCAUAUUUGGUUAGUACCACAGAAUCAUACCUGUCCUAUCAUCAAGCCACAGAAGCUGAGAAAAUCACUCAUUCUAUCAGCGGACAUUCGACGUCUCAGCGUAGUUUCCAACGCAGCAGGAACAAUCUUAAUAGUUCCGCGCGAGCGUGGACUGGUCCGUAUUUACGUCCCAGUACACGUCUGUGAAGCAAACACAGGCGAUCGCUUCGACAGAUCAAUCAUAACGCCAACGCUAAUCCGAUCGCGGAUACAAGAAGUUCUUUCCCCAUUUACCUUCGACUCCACGGACUGCGAUUGGUGGACAGUGUACCAGAUCGGACAACGGAUCGCAACACAGCUCACAAAAGGAGACAGGGUGUUCCUUGCUGGUGAUGCUGUGCACACGCACUCGCCGAAGAUGGGGCUUGGUAUGAAUAUGAGUCUGCAGGAUGGAUUUAAUCUUGGCUGGAAAGUUGCGCUCGCAGUGGCCGGCGCUGCAAAGCCGGAGAUCCUGAAGACUUAUGACUUGGAAAGACACCCGCUAGCGGAGAUGCUUAUCGAGUUUGAUCGCAAUUGGGUGACGAUGUUUCUUGAGAAGCAGCCUGGAGAGGGCGAUGCAAAGGCCAGAUCGAUAACUACGAUGGCGAAGAAUUUUGACGAUUUCGCCAAUGGGUGGAAGGUGUUUUACCCUGCUAGUAACAUUGUCUGGAAGUCUCCGGAUGGUGCUGGAUUUGCGUUCGCUAGAUAUAUGAUUCCUGGGGAGAGAGUUCACCCUGUCAAACUCCGCAAUCAGGCUGAUGGGGUCCCGCAGUGGACAACAAGAUUGUUGGAAAGCGAUGGCCGCUUUCGCGUUCUCGUGUUGGCUGGCGACGUGCAAGACCCGGUUCAAAAGCAACGCGUCGAGACAUUGAGCCAGGCCUUUAGCAGGCCGUCUGCAUCUAGCGUUCCGCUUUUGGAUCGCUAUGCUGCAAUUCCGGGACGUUUCGAAAGUCCCAUUGAUGUAUUCACCAUCCACUGCGCUCCAUGGAAAGAGAUUGGAUUUUUCGACUUUCCAGAUUCCUUGCGUCCGUUUAACACGGCAACAGGCUAUGCAUACGAAAAGAUCUGGUGUGACGAUACUUGUAUAUUUGAUAGAUAUUGUGACGGGACAGCUUAUGACAAGUGGGGAGUUGACCGAACCCUCGGCGCACUGGUAGUCAUUCGCCCUGAUCAAUAUAUCGGAUGGGUAGGUAGACUGGAAGAUGUCGAGGGAAUGACACGGUAUUUUGAUGACGUUCUUGUGGCCAAGACAAUUGGGAAUGGCAUUGAGGCAUCAAGUUGA